UCCGCUGCCAGGCGGGGGUGGUGGCGGACCCUAAGCGGCCGGAGGGAGCCGGCAGGAUGGAGAGGCCGGAGCAGGGCCCCGGGGAACCGGACUCCCACCCCCGCGCCAACGGCUGCAGCCUGACGGGAUACGGGGCGCUGCGGAACGGAUACGUGCGGGGCCUGCCCGAGGCCGAGACCCAGAUUCAUCACAUUGCCCACAAUGGAGGAUUAUAUAAAAGACCCUUUAAUGAAGCUUUUGAGGAAACACCAAUGCUGGUUGCUGUGCUGACGUACGUGGGUUACGGUGUCCUCACCCUCUUUGGGUAUCUGCGAGACUUUCUGCGACAGUGGAAGAUUGAGAAGUGUCAACAUGCAUCAGAGAGAGAGGAACAAAAGGACUUUGUCCCAUUGUAUCAGGACUUUGAAAACUUCUACACAAGGAACCUCUACAUGCGCAUCCGAGACAGCUGGAACAGACCAAUCUGCAGUGUGCCUGGGGCCAAAAUGGACAUGCUGGAGAGAUUUUCCCAUGACUACAAUUGGACAUUUACGUACACAGGGAGAGUGAUAAAAGACGUUAUUAACAUGGGUUCCUACAACUAUCUUGGAUUUGCUCAGAACACUGGAAUUUGCAAAGAAGCAGCAGCUAAAGUACUGACACAGUAUGGAGCUGGGGUAUGCAGCACUAGGCAGGAAAUGGGAAAUCUGGACAAGCAUGAGGAGCUGGAAAAACUAGUGGCCAGGUUCCUGGGUGUGGAGGCUGCAAUGACAUAUGGGAUGGGAUUUUCAACCAACUCAAUGAACAUUCCUGCUUUAGUUGGCAAGGGCUGUCUGAUACUGAGCGAUGAGCUGAAUCAUGCAUCACUAGUGCUUGGAGCAAGAUUGUCAGGAGCAACUAUUCGAGUCUUCAAGCACAACAACAUGCAGAGCCUGGAGAAACUGCUCAGAGAUGCCAUUGUGCAUGGGCAACCUCGCACCCGCAGGCCCUGGAAAAAAAUCCUCAUCCUGGUGGAGGGAAUUUACAGCAUGGAGGGUUCCAUAGUCCGCCUGCCUGAAGUGAUUGCCCUCAAGAAGAAGUACAAGUCAUACCUGUACCUGGACGAGGCUCACAGUAUAGGUGCCCUGGGUCUCACUGGCCGGGGUGUGGUGGAGUAUUUUGGACUUAACCCUGAAGAUGUGGAUGUUAUGAUGGGAACGUUCACCAAGAGCUUUGGAGCUGCUGGAGGGUACAUUGGAGGCAAGAAGGAGCUGAUUGACUACCUCCGUACGCACUCUCAUAGUGCAGUGUAUGCCAUGUCACUGUCACCGCCUGUUGUGGAGCAAAUCCUCACCUCCAUGAAGUGCAUUAUGGGUGAAGAUGGCACAACUUUUGGCAAGGAAUGUGUGCUGCAGUUGGCGGAGAACACCAGGUAUUUCAGGAGGCAGCUGAAGAAGAUGGGCUUUAUUAUCUAUGGAAACGAAGAUUCCCCGGUUGUGCCUUUAUUGCUGUACAUGCCAGCAAAAGUUAGUGCAUUUGGGCGAGAGAUGCUGAAGCGAAACAUAGGAGUCGUGGUUGUGGGUUUCCCUGCCACCCCAAUCAUCGAAUCCAGAGCCAGAUUCUGUGUGUCUGCAGCUCAUACCAAAGAGAUACUUGAUACUGUUUUAAAGGAAUUAGAUGAAGUUGGGGACCUCUUGCAACUGAAGUAUUCUCGUCACCGGUUGGUGCCUCUCUUGGAUCGGCCUUUCGAUGAGACUACGUAUGAAGAAACAGAAGACUGAACUCCCUCCACAUGCCUUGGGGCACUCCCACGGGAGACUCUGUGGCACACAGGCCACGCGGUCCUUGAACCACACACUUCUGACUGCUUAGCAUAAAAAGGACAUUUUUUCACAAUACUGAAGUAGCCACAUCAUCUCUAAAUGGCAUUUUGUAAAUAGUAAAACAGCUUUGAUUCUUGUCUCUUGAGGGUAUGGCCCUAGAGAGAUGCUUGACUUUAUUUUUUUUCUUGUUGCUUUUUUAAUUAUUUAUUUGUCACCAUGAAAUCAGUGACCCUAGUUGGCACAGAUGCCCCAUGUACACUACUAGUCUCAGGAGUGCCAGCUGAAAUGUCGUGUCUGCAGCACGGCAUUGUUGUGGCAGCACUUCCAAUUCACUGCUAGGCAUCUAACUUUGCCAGGGAGUGAUGGGCUGGCCAGUUUGUUCAAUGGAGACCUCCUAGAGAAACUGUUGAUGACUUGUUUAAUCUUUUAACAAGAUGGAUAAUCAACCAAAGCUUUUUUCCCUUUUGCAUUUACUUAUGUCUAAAACUUGAGUUGUCUUUUUUUAAAUAAUAAACAUGUUGCUGACAUGUCACUGACAGAAACACUGUUCCAAAAUGUUGGCUAGUUCCACCAGCCACAAACAAGAGAACUCCCUGGACUUCAUCCUUUUCCCUCAGUCUGGCUACCCCAUUGUUUCCUGGUUUGAUGCCAAGUAUUGUCUCGUUAAAGGGAGUGAUGGAGAGCCUUUCUGAAUAGGAAAGAUCUUGCCACUGUUAUUUUCCUCAUAGUGCUAACUCAUGGCAUAGUCAGGCCUCCACUUCCAAAAAUGAGUUUAGUGUCUCACUUCCUCAUGUACAAAUGACUUUCCUUUGCUCAAGCUUCAGAACUGUCCAGGUCUGUAAAAAGAUGAUCAGAUGACUGAUAGGUUAUAAAAAAUUAUAUUCAGAAUUAUAACUAAAACCCACAAACCUUUCUCUUCUACUGGAGAAAGCUCCCAUUUGCUAUCAGAACCAGAAUUGCGUAGUAAGAAGGGUAUAAUGAGCAACUACAUUUGGGGCAGUUCUGCAAAAGAAAUCUUUGUGCACAGCAUGCAGUUAACUCCAAUGUAGCGUGUUCUGAUUUGUUUGUCUGAGACUCUCAAUGUAUUUUGUGAAAUUGCUUUUGCAAAGAUUAAUGUCUUAAACAAAGCACUGAAUGAGACUGCAAAGCCAAGAUCUACAAUUUGGUGUGGGGGUCACUCUUAAAGUUGGUUUGGUCAUGAUGCUCUGUGCAGGUGGCAGUGACCUUUAGAAAGAGAAUCUCAGUUUUCAAAUGGAAGCAGAGUGUGGAUCAAGUCCAUCUGUCUGGUGUAGCAAAGCAAAAGAUAACUUUUUAAGUGUCAUUGUAGUUCUGUAACUUUCAUUCUGUGCCACUGACAGAAGUGGCACUCUUUGAUCACUAAAGCCAAGCACAUCUGCAGAUACUACGUGGUGGAUUAAAGCAGUAUCACCUUCUGUUUUAUAGAAACUCCAUUUUAUAAUCUAGGCUAUGUUUACACUAGCACUUAUGUCGGUCAGGGGUGUGGAAAAAAACACCGCAUGUGGGGGAUGGUUUUAAUUAUACUCACGGUAGAGCUCUCUCCUGUCGGCAUAGAGCAGCUACACAGGAGACUUUAGAGCGGUGCAGCUGCAGUGUGCUGCUGUAAGUUCUGUAGUGUAAACACAGACCUAGACUUGGGCAUCUUGCCCCAUGCUGUAUAACUAACCCUCAGAAGCAAAUUGUCUCAUGUCUAAAAACAAUCAUUUUUAUUGAUUUGAAGUGCAGUAGUACAAAAUCAGAAGUUAUAAAAAUGUAAAUUGAAAUUAUGAAUUGAAACAGCCAUGGAUAAGUUCUCCAGUGUAUCCAAUCCACUGGAGAUGUUUUGUUUGAUGGAAUUGAUCAUCUAUCCAUACAAUAUGUCCAAACCUCACAUGUGGUCAUAACCAUAGAAUAGUUUCCUUUAUUUCUUCAGUCAUGGAAUAAACUGCAAAGUCCUGGAA